GACGUCAAGAUUUUAUAUAAAAUAAGAGCACUAUACUUCACUUACAUAAGUAAAGCUCCUAUGCCCUUUUACUUACUACAUCUAGCGGAGUCUCAAACGUUAUCUCCUUUUUAUGCGUGUUUAAGAUGGCCGAUGUAGCUUCACCAGGGUCUCCUGAAAAUAUCCUCCAGACAUUACUUCUAAUAGCGAUAUUUCUCGGAAGUAUUCUUGGAAAUUCAUGUGUAGUGGCAGUCAUUGUUAGAAGCAGUCAUUUGCGGGAAAGUCCAGGAACUUUUCUAGUUUUCAGUCUUGCUCUAUUGGACGGAAUAUUCAUUCCAAUUGGUAUGGCUUACAAGUUGAAAAUUCUGAACUUCGCGUCGAAUUCUUCCAUGGCAUGUAUUUUCUUUUCUACUUAUAUAACAAUGCUAGUUUAUGUAUCAAUCCUACACCUUUCCUUGUUGAGUUUAGAUCGGUAUAUUUCUGUUGUGUGGCCAUUGCGCUAUGAGGCUAUUUUAACCAAAAGAAGAAUCACGUKUUUGUUAGUUGUUGCAUGGUGUCCUCCAAUCCUGUCCUUGAUGGUAGUAUCAUUCAUCAUUGGAGAUGAUGAGUUAAAGUUCCGUGCAGGUCUCAUAAAGUGCGGUACGGAGUCCAAUGCCUCCCACACGUCUCCCAAAAUGUCACCAUUGCAUCAAGUCCACUUAUUCGCCAACAGUAUUAUGAUGGGAGUGCUCCCCCUCCUUGCUAUAGUAAUCUUGAAUAGCAAGGUAGCCUUCAUCGCUUACCAGCAGGCAAAGCGAAUACAGCCACUGGCUCGAAUGACAGGUUCAGAGAGGCAAAAGAAGGAAAAGCGGAUAAAAGAAAUGAAAUGGGCCAAAACAAUGGGCAUAGUGAUCGGUGCGUUCGUCGUGACGAUUAUUCCAGCGUUCGCGUGUGUGGCCAUUGAAUCAAAGUUUGGUCCAGGAACAGUUCCACCAGUCUUUGUUCGUCUCUUAACAAUCUUAACGUUCCUGAACAGUACUUUGAAUGUUAUUAUAUAUUCAAUUCGUUCCCAAGUUUACCGACAUGAAAUCAAACGAUUAACGAGAGAUUUGAAAAACAAGAUCCUUCAAUAGCCAUAGCUAGCACUACCGUAGUAUAGGGAGUAUAGGAGGAGCAGAUGGGUUCCUGGGUGAAAAAUAUCUGUUCUUAUUCGUUUCCAGAAGAAGGAAGGGCGACACAAUUGCUUGUCAGAUUGUCAACAAUGUAGCUCAAAAUCCCUUUCCCAGGAAAAAAUAAGUACAAGAACAGUUAUUUAGGAGAACAGAGUCGGGUGCCGGGGAACUCCGUCGUCGGAAAUUUUCAAUGUUUCAAAAAGAUCCCUAAAAGAUCCGGGAAGUCUUGAAAAAAUGGCGUGGCUGACUGGCUUUUAACUCUAAGAGUUGUACAACAAAUAUUGUUACUUUAAAAAAACCCAGUUCCAAUGAUAAAAUGUAUAAAAAGUGAUGAUGACAAAACAAAACGUAGAGGAAAAUUAAUAUCGAUGCUCUCUUUCUCUUCUUUUCCGACACCCUAAGAGAUUACAGAAAAUGCAAAUUUCCAGAAACUCCAGAUUGGCACCCUAAAGAUUCCCAAUCACGGAUUAUCCCUAAGAGAUCCGAAGAGCAUCCCCGGUACUUUUACCCCCCCGAGGGAACAGACCCCACCGUCUCCUCCUGCAGUAGCGUCAAGA